GACGCGCCGCACCAUUGCACACCCUAGAUCUAGACUCUCUUUACUCACUCGCACUUACUCUGACGCGUUUUCAUCCCAUAACCGAUAUGGCUGAUAACUUGACGACCGCUCAGAAAGUUCAGAUCGCAAAGGACAAGAAGGACGCCGCCGAUCUUGCAUUCAAAGAGGGCAACAUACCCCUCGCUCUAAGCUCUUACCACGGGGCGCUCUUGUAUUUACUCGGUCUCGACAAGAAUGCUCUUGAAGGAAUCGGGAUGGCGUCUCCGUCGCCACCGAUCGAUCCCUCGAAGCCAGAUGACAAGACGAAAGAACGAACGGAGGUAGAUAACAUUGUUGAGAAGAUAUACGCGAAUAUGUGCGCUUGCCACUUGAAGAGAGGGAACUGGAAACGAGCCAUAGAGACUGCUGACAAAGCCCUGGCGAAGAACGAAAACAACUUCAAGGCCAUUUUCCGCAAGGCCAAAGCCUUGUCCGAAGAAGGGUACACCGAACGAGCGAUCAAACUGCUCGAGCAGCUGAGGGAUAAGAGCGCUGCGGAUGCACCUUUAGCCACCACCGAACUUGCGCGACUAAGGGCUCUCGACAAGGAGCGAGAGCGUGCGAACAACAAGAAAUUGAAGGGUUUCUUGUCGCGCGACAGGGGAGAGAGGACGGAGAAGCAAACCGAGGAUGUUAUCGAAGCCAUUGAAUCCGCACGGAUCGAGGAGAUUCCUGACGACCAGUGAUGAUAAUAUCUCGCAUGUUGCAUCUUGGUGGUACUGUAUUACAAGUCGAAUUUCAAUGUAUAUAAGCCGUUCUAUUCCUCGACAAGAACAACGUGAUGCCGUUCCCUUCCUUCCAGCAGACAAGCCAUUCCUUCUUCACUUCCAAUUGCCAGACAUGUGGAAAGUCCCUUCUGGUGAUCAUCCACCUCUCACGGAGCCCAGGAAAGCCAAUUCCGCGCUGAAAUACUGAGCGAGCGGCGAUCUGAGAGCCCAGUUAUGAGCGGGAUGCGGAGGUCAUCCUGUAGCGUGGAUGACUAGCAGGCCAAACAAUGGCGCUGAGCACAGCCCAGUCUUGAGGACGAAGCCACAGUCUACGGGCUUCGAUCCCAUUCUUCAGUCCCGGGUUAGUGUCCUGUACAGCUUCGACCAUCUGAGUGGAUGCAUCGCUCGUCUAGUCAUAGCUUUAGGAGAAGAGAAGACGUUGCCGAGUUUGUAGCUGAGAAAAGCCGUCGCAUGUCGACGAUGAACGCGAUGACCCCGGUCGCUCAGACAGUUCGAUAUCCGCCUUCUCGUGUGUAAGAUUGUGCUGCCCUCGAGACAUUUGCCGUGGCGACGAGAGAGGUAAUCAUGUAGCCGGUAGUUUGCACGCUCUAGAGUCUCAGCGGGCUGCCUGAGCGGUGAGGUCGAGCUCCUUUCGGAUCACCGGAUGGAUGGAUGGAUCAUUGGAUGGAUGGAUGGAGAGAUGUGAUGCCAUCGACAUAAGCUAAGCGAUCCGUCGGCAAGAUUGCCAGGACACCACAUCUGGGAGCGCUCCUCGUAUCCGGAGGUCAAACUUGCAAGCAUGCCCCUGUGGACCUACUGGCACUGAAAUAAUUCUUCGAGAAAGAGACAAGCCUUUCAUUUUGACUUGACGAUCACCAAGUGUGGUCUAAACCUGAAACAUCGCUCUAGCACGUACCGCAACACGACCCUGGAAGGCUGAAACCAGAUGCUCAUCGGCGCUUUGAGAUCCGUUCCUCAUACGUGAUCUCCAGUCUCGAUACAACCUAAUAAAUACAAUAUGUAUGCGCUGCAAAUAACAUACAUAUGCGCGAGGAGGUGCGUACAUCUCCAAGUCACGCUCAGAAAACUGCCAAUCUCACGAAAAAGAA